GGAUAAAUAGGAAAAACAAGUUUUUCCUAACUCAACGAAUGUCAUUUGAUAUCAAGUGGUAGAAGAUCUUAAUCUAAGGCAAAAAGUUCCAGACCUGUAAGGUUUUGGAAACCUCAAAAGCUUUGUGCUAAACAAUAACUUAAAUAAGAAGAUGUCUGGUGUGUUCUGGAAGAUCUACCAGUAUAUUAUUGAAAAUACUGCGUUCUGGAAGGUCCACCAGUUUUUUGUAGAAAGUACUGCGUUCUGGAAGGUGUACCAGUUUUUCUUUGGCACUAAACAGGAUGGUACAGUGCCAGAGAAAUCAAUCGAUGACAACUCUCAAAGUCUUCCAGACGACAAGCAAAGAUCGCAGACUGUAGAAGUAGAAAAGAGUCUGCAGAAUAGCGAGCAGUCCGAUUUAAGCAUUGCUAAACAAGAAAUAGCUAAUCGAUCUGUAAACAAAAUGUCGGAACAAUCAUUUGUAACAAAGCAAAGCAUUGGCGACACAGAACAGUUAGUAGAAGAGAAAAGUACUUUGCCAAACUCUGAGAACAGAAGUGCUAGAUCUGACGGUUUUAGCACAACGCCAAAAAAAGAUCGACCAAUGACAACACAGGCUGUGAAGAAUGCAACUAAGGACAGCAAAACUGUCACACAAAGUAUCGGAAAUACAGUUCAGAUUGUUGGCCAUUCAAGGCAAGCAACUCAAAGUGUAACAAAUCGUGCCACUGGAGGCUGUGCAGCACAGAACAUUGGCAACACGACGCAAAGAGUCGCUGGGAAUCAAAACGCCAACCAAGUUGUGGAGAAUAACUCUGAUGGAAAGGCAAAAAGUGAAUAAAAAAAAACAAACAACUAUAAACAACAACAAUGUAUUGUUUUCUUUUCAAUUAUUCGUUUGGUUUUCCAGACGCAAUAAAAAAAACUUGUAUGCUAGAAACCUCACCAUCACAUUUACGUUUUCAAAUCUGUAGGACCAUUGGGGCAUCACAAGUGAUUCGCCGACCAUUUUCCUCUAAAACUCUCUGUCGCAUUCCUCAGCGUCUUCAUCAACGUAAGACGUUUCCUUGAUGUUAUCAUCUUUUAUUUUGACUGUCUCUCAUCUUUUUUUUAUUGCUACUUUUAUUAAGAAUCACGAUUUUGCAAUUAUUGAAGAUUUUUUUUUUAAAGGAAUUGAAUUUUUGUUUUCAUAUGAAAUUGUUAAUAGUUGUGUUUCUUGUAUUUUAGCCGAUUUUUUUUUUAUACUACAUAUAGAUUAAGAUAUAAUUUGAUAGGUUCGAAAUCUGAAAAAGUAUCGAAAUAAAUUUAUGGUUAUAACAAUAUGCAUAUGUUUGUACAAACCUUAUAUCAACUCACGCCGUCUAUUUGUCUAGUACUAAUUGUGUACACGUUAUUUUGCCACUUCUCAUUCUCUGAUCACGUUGAUACUUCGUCCAACUAGACAUUGUCUCUAACAAAGAAUGAAUCAAUUUAAAAAAAAAAUAACAAAUCAAUUGAUUAAUUAGGGACAAUUAAUUAAUUUGUUUGAUUUAUUUUAAAAAAUGCAGUGCUUUCCCUGUGUA